AUGGAGUACGACAAGGCCGUCGCAAGCGGCCCUCCAGAAGCCAAGAACUAUCCGCAUGAAAGCGGUCCGGAAGUCGACACUAGUGUCCUGAAAGAGCCCAUCACGUUCACGUUCUCUGGACGCACGGCUAUGAACAGGUUCUUGAAGGCGCCCAUGACCGAAAGACUCUGCAAGUGGAAUGCAGAAGGCGAAGACGUUUCCGUUCGCGGCUACCCUACCGAGGAGUACAAACGGCUCUACCAGCGAUGGGGAGAAGGUGCGAUAGGAGUCAUCGUGGCUGGUAACGUCAUGGUAAAGUACGAUGCGGUAGAAGCGUUUGGCAAUCCGAUCAUAUGCGAUGACCACGACAACCGAACAAGCGCAUUCCGGGAGGUUGCCGAGGUCACGAAGAAGCACGGCAGUCUGUUCAUCGCUCAGCUUUCACAUCCUGGACGGCAAGGAGGCGCUGCGUUGAAUCCGCACCCCGUCAGCGCCAGUGACGUGCAGUUGAAGAUCGAAUGGGCGGGCAAUAAGUUCAACAAACCCCGCUCACUCACUAUCCCGGAGAUCAAGGAGAUGGUCAAGACGUGGGGCGAAACCGCUUACCUUUGCCAGCAGAGUGGGUUCGACGGGGUGCAGGUGCAUUGCGCACACGGCUACCUGCUGGCUCAGUUCCUGUCGAUGACAACGAACAAGCGGGACGACGAGUAUGGCGGCAGUUUGGAGAACCGUAGCCGCAUCAUCUUCGAGAUCAUUAACGAGAUCAAGCAACGUGUCAACGACUCCAGCUUCAUCAUCUGUGUGAAGCUGAACUCGGUCGAAUUCCAGCCUGGCGGCCAGACGCCGGAUGAUUGCAAGAAUUUGUGCCUGAAGCUUGAAGAAGCGGGUGUAGACUUUGUUGACCUCUCAGGCGGAACCUUCGAAGGACGAGCGUUCGAGCACAAGAAGGACUCAACCAAGGCACGGGAAAGCUACUUCAUCGAGUUCGCUGAGAUGAUCCGGCCUCUACUGAAGAAGACGAAGGUCUACGUUACUGGAGGCUUCCGCACAGCAAGCGGCAUGGUGCGAGCAGUCGCCGACGGCGCUUGCGAUGGAGUCGGUAUCGGACGGCCACUCGGAGCGGAACCAUAUCUUUGCAAGGAGAUACUGGAAGGCAAGGUGUGCGGUGCGAUCGAGAACUUCGUACCGCUCCCUCAGAAUACGCAAGGGACAGGCACACAACUACAUCAACUUGGUAAUGGUGAUGAUUUGGUAAGCGAUUGGAGUGAUGAGGGCGAAGUGCAGCGAUGGCUCGAGGCUUUUCACAAGGAGACGGAGCGAAAGAUCAGUAUCUUACCAAAGGUGGACAGCUCCGGUUACCCGGCGCUGCGUGCAGAGGUUGGCUUUGAGUACAUGCGGUAG